AUGACUAACAAAUCAACAACAGCUGGAAUUAUUGAGAUUCCUAAACGAAAAACUACAAUGGUUAAAACAGAGAAACGUAAACUUCCGUUAAAGACGAAUUCAAAAAGAUCCGACUCUUCGAAUUCUAAUUCUAAUAAUUCAAUUUUGUCAACAAGCCCUUCAGGAAUAACAACAGAGGCUGCUUCGACAACAACUAACAAUCAAUCUAAAUCUCGUACAAUAACUAUAAAUGAUUCGUCAUCAGAAUCUAGUGAUAAUACUUUAGUAACAUCACCAACUCAAUUAACUUCAUCAUCGCCAUUACAACUAAAUAAUAUUCAUUUAACUGAGGAGGAAAUUAAAUUAAAACAACUUGAACAAGCAAAAAAGAUUUUAUUGAGACAACAAGAGGCACCAAGUUUCAGACAUGAAUUACAAUUAAAAGAAACAAAAGAACCUACAAGAGGUAGGUCACUACAAUCACUUAAACGUGACCAAUUAAGAUCUCCAAGUCCAAGUCCAAGGUAUACAUCUUCUCCAACUCCGCCACUUUUAUUAAAAAGAAGACAACAACAAAGUGACACCAAUUACUAUCAUGCAGAAUCAGAUGAUUCCAAUACAUCUAAUAAUAGUAGCAUAACAAAUAAGAAAACAGCUACUAAAAAACAUCCAUCAUCUAAAAAUUAUAUAAUUGUUUUGGAAUAUGCAGAAUCAGAUCUUUAUCAAUAUAUAAGCUUAAAUCCAAAUAUGUUAUGGUCGCUUAAGUUAGCAUUAUUAUGUGAUAUAUCUCGUGGAUUGAGUACAAUUCAUCAAUGUAAUCUGACUCAUAGAAAUUUUCAUGGUGGUAACAUCUUAAUAAUAAAAGAGGGAUUUGUUGUUAUAAGCGAUAUGGAAAUUAGAAUAUAUGGGGAUAGGGUUCACGAUAUUGAAUUAGCAAUAGAAAUAUGUGAUGGAUUAAAACCUAAACGUAUUGAUGGUAUACCUCAAUGCUGGAUAAAUUUAAUGGAACAAUGUUUAGACGUUGAUGCAACAAAAAGACCUGAUAUUUUGACCAUUCAUAGAAUUUUAGUUGAUUGGUUAAGAAAAAUCAUUGACACUCCUAAAUUACCUUAUAAAAUCAACACUGAUUUUGCGUUGGCGGAAAAUUACAGAUCACGUAAAUUAAGCAUCAAUAAAACAAAUGCAAAAAUGGUUCAAUCCACAUCAUCCUCAUUUUCAUUAACCAAGAAGAAGAAUAAUAACAAUAAUAAUAACAAUAAUCCAAAUGACGAAGAAAAACAUGACGAUAAAAAAGAUAAUAAGGAUAAAAAGGAGGAAGAAAAGCAAAAAAGAAUAAAAGUUGAUGAAUUACUGUCGAAACCAAUCUAUCACAGUCAAUUAUACGACUUUGGAGAUGAACAAUUUCUUGAUUUCAUGACGAAUUUAACAGAAUCAGAAGUUGGUAGUACGUAUGAACCACCUCAAUCUCCAUCAAAUGAAAGUACAAGCAGUAGUAAAGUUACUUGCGGCGAAUUAGAGAGCAUGUCAAUUACAAAUACAACUGAUGAUAUAUAA